AUGGCGACCGAUCGAACACCGAAGUAUCGGCAGGAGAUUCAGCAGAUGAUGUUCGUCUCUGGAGAGACUGCCGAACCGUCCGUUGAAACGACAACACUGAUCGAGGAGAUCGUUCGCCAGCAAGUGAUCGAAAUCCUCGCACGAAGCACAACGUUGGCUACACGUCGGGGCGUGCGGUCUAUUUCCACAGAUGAUUUGAUAUUCUUAAUUCGACAUGACAAGGCCAAAGUUUCACGUCUUAAAACCUUCCUUUCCUGGAAAGAUGUCCGUAAAAAUGUCAAAGACUCGGACGACAAGGGUGGCGCCGAUGCUGCGGACUUCGCAGGUGCUGACGACCCGAUUGCGGGAGGUGUUGUUGCUGGGCCCCAAGAUGUUGCUUCCAAACCAAAAAACAAGAGAGCGCGUGUUGGCCUUGUGUGGGAUGUGAACAGCUUCUACUCCAUCCAGGUACCGGAGAGGGAAGACGAAGAAGAUGAGGAGGAGGAGGAGCAGAACUAUGCAACUCUUCAACGUCUUGCAGCAGCUGAUGAACGGACAAAGAACAUGACCAGAGAAGAGUAUGUGUUCUGGUCGGAAUGCCGUCAAGCGUCGUUUACCUAUCGCAAGAGCAAGCGUUUUCGAGAGUGGGCUGGCUUUGGCAUCGUGACGGAGUCGAAACCCAAUGACGAUAUCGUCGAUAUCCUUGGGUUCUUGACAUUUGAGAUAGUCCAAACUCUAACCGAAGAAGCUCUCAAGGUCAAGGAACGCGAGGACCGGGAGAAGAUCCGUCGCGGAGGAGCCGAGAGCGAAGCGGGUGAAAACACGAAGAAGCGGAAGCGAGAAACCGGUCUUUUCGAUCCUCCCGAAGAGGGACGUACGCCAGUUGAACCAAGACACAUCCGUGAGGCUUAUCGUAAGCUUCAAGCCACUCCGAACAAGAACAUUGCUAUGCUCCUCCACAAUGGGCGCAUCCCAGCCCGUAUGCCUUUGAGAUUGGUAGGAUCCGUUCUUGGCUGUGUUCUGAUCUCCGUGCUGAUAUACUCCCAGAUUUGA